CCGAAUUCAGUCGGGGAGCAAAGUUCAUAAACAUGGCGUUGAAGUUUUAUUUUGAUUUAAUGUCCCAGCCUUCAAGAGCUGUUUAUAUGUUUUUAAAACUGAACAGCAUUCCAUUCGAAGCAAAACCUGUUGCUUUAAGGAAAGGGGAGCACCAUGCGGAAGACUUUGCCAAGAUCAACCCCUUUAAACUGGUUCCAGUUAUUGAUGACAAUGGAUUUGUUCUAACAGAAAGUGUGGCUAUCAUGAAGUACCUGGCUGUCAAGUAUAACGUGGCUGACCACUGGUAUCCUCGGUCAGAUCUGCAGCUUCAGGCUCGGGUUGACGAAUACAUGAACUGGCAGCAUUUUAACACACGACUCAAUGCAGCCAUGCUGUUUCAAAAUCUGUUCAUCAUACCACAAGCAACAGGAAAACCCAUCAGCUGGGGGAAAGUAGAGAAUUUUCGAAAAGGCUGCAGCAAGGUCAUCCAUGACCUGGAGAAGUACUACCUCAAGAGUCAGCCGUUUCUAUGCGGUGCUGAUAUCUCCAUGGCCGACCUGCUGGGUGUCUGCGAGUGGAUGCAGCUCUACGGGGUACAUGAGGACAGACUGUUCAUGGCCAGCCCACUGGUCAGUGCGUGGAUGGACAGGGUCAAGUCUAAGACACAGCCGGUCUUCGACGAGGCUCACAAGUUUACGUAUCGUGUGAGAGAGGUGUACAAACCACAAACAGAACCACCAGAAGCAAAACUUUAAUUUUGUCUUUUGUCUUUUUUAUUAGAUAAUUUUGUACUGAAAUCAAAUAGAACAGUUUUUUUGUUGUUGUUUUUAAAAAAAAAAAAUUGGGGAGGGUGUUUUACCAAAGUAAUGGAUGUUUGUUUAAACAUUUUUUAUAAAACAUAACUUGCAUUUAAAACAUAUAUUGUUAUUUAUUGGUGUAUUUUAAGUAAGGGAAUGUCCUCAUACCUUUUCAUUCAUGGAAAAUAAUGAGACAUUGGUCUUGUAGGCCUGGAGAUUUAUUCUGAGAUUCUCCUUCAUAACAAGAUUGCUUAUCAGAAACUUGAUACACUACGAGAUUCAUGUACCUACAUCUUUCAUUAUUUAUCAAAUUGUAGAUAAAAUCUCUAACAAUCGGGACAUUAUAUUUACUGUAUUAAACAUGGAAUGUAUCAUAUUGAUAUAUAUAUAUAUAUAUAUAUAUAUAUAUAUAUAUAUAUAUAUAUAUAUAUAUAUAUAUACAUGUAGCAUAGAUGUACUUGGACAUAAUAAUUUUCUUAUGAAGCAUCAGACUUUCCAAAGUCUUUAUUACUUAGUCUUAUAAUACAUUGUAUUACUCAGUCUUAGUAAACUUUUGACAGUUGGA